AUGGCGGGUACGGCUUCUUUUGACCGCACCCUUGCGUAUGCGCCUCGUCGAAGCCAGAAGAAGUGCUUGCCCAUAGCCGGCCAUGGCGGCAGCGACGACUUCGACGCCAUGUGGGAUAUCCUCCGGUCGGCGUUACGCGAGAUCCACGAGAAGAAUGCCUCCACACUCUCAUUCGAACAGCUCUAUCGCGCCUCAUACAAGAUAGUCCUAAAGAAACAAGGCGACCGGCUAUAUGAUCGGGUCAAGGACUUUGAAAAGCAAUGGUUCGCCAGCAAGGUUAUGCCCGCUAUUCACAAGCUCAUCACGACCAACUUGCUUAAUAUCACACUAGGCGGUGUGACUGGAACCACCACCGCAAACGAGCGGAGGCUUACGGGCGAGGAGUUUUUGAAGGGGUUGAAGGCAUCAUGGGAGGACCACAUUACGGUCAUGAACAUGACCACGGAUAUCUUGAUGUACAUGGACCGUGUUUACUGUUCAGACAACAGGAAAGCCUCAAUAUUCACGACAGCUAUGGGUCUAUUUCGCGAUGACAUUCUACGCUCUCCGCUUGGUGCCACAGACAGCAAGCUUAUUACCUUCGACAUCCUAAACUCCGUUAUUUUGGACCAGAUCGGUAUGGAGCGAGAGGGGGAUGUGAUCAACAAGCACCUUAUUCGGUCUUGCAUAUACAUGCUCGAGGGUUUAUAUGAAACCGAUGAGGAAAACGAGUCUGAGAAGCUGUACUUGACUGUCUUUGAGGUUGAAUUCUUGAAGGCAAGCCGAACGUUCUACCACAACGAAUGUGUCUCGCUGCUACGAAACUCUGACGCCAGCACAUGGCUACGGCAAACUAAGAAGCGUCUGGAUGAAGAAGUCGUCAGAUGUGAGACCACCAUAUCGGUGCUCAGCAAGCAAAAGAUCGCGGUGGUGGUAGAAGAGGAGAUGAUUAGCCGCCAUCUCUCGGAUUUUCUAGCAAUGGAAGGAAGUGGCAUCAAAGCCAUGAUCGAAAAUGAUUGCUUUGACGACCUAGCACUCCUUUACCAACACAUUUCUCGGGUAGAUCCAUUGAAGGCGCCCUUAAAGAAAGCCCUCCAGGCUCGGGUGAUGGAUAUGGGAUCCGAUAUAAAUAAGAUCGUUACCAAUGCCGACUUCUCGGCCAGUACCGUUCCUACAGAGGAGGCUGACGCUACCGAAGGUGGUGAAAAGUCGAAAGCAGCGAAGCAAAAUACAGCAUCUAAGCAGACUGCUGCUGCUAUCAAAUGGGUUGAUGAGGUUCUUCAUCUGAAGGACAAGUUUGACACGAUGUGGAAAAGGUGUCUGAAUGAAGAUCUAAUCCUUCAAACUGCACUCACCAAGAGUUUCUCCGAUUUCAUCAAUAUGUUCCCACGAUGUGCAGAAUAUGUCUCGCUUUUCAUCGAUGACAAUCUGAAGCGUGGAAUCAAGGGCAAGACCGAGGCCGAGAUUGAUAGUAUCCUUGACAAAGCCACGAUCUUAAUUAGAUAUAUUCAGGAAAAGGAUAUAUUCGAACGCUAUUACAAAAAGCAUCUCGCUCGGCGAUUGUUGUUCGGCAAGUCCGAGAGUGGUGAUGUCGAGAAACAGAUGAUAUCGAGGAUGAAGCUCGAAAUUGGUAACGCCUUCACCACGAAACUAGAAGGCAUGUUCAAGGAUAUGACCAUGUCCGAUGAUCUCACAACUGGCUACCGGACUCAUAUCCAGAACCUGGGUGAUAUGGAUAGGAAGCAAAUUGAUUUGAGCGUUAGUGUUUUGACAACAAACCACUGGCCGAUGGAGGCUAUGGGGGGUGGCAACACUAGAGGAGAACACGCGCGCCAAAAUUGUACCUGGCCUUCGGAAAUCAGCACCCUCCAGGAGUCAUUCAAAGCUUUCUACCUAAAAGAGCGAAACGGUAGAAUGUUGACCUGGCUGGGAUUCCUUGGCAACGCAGAUAUUCGCUGUGUAUUCCCAAGGGUCCCUGGCAAAGAGGGAAUUCUGGGCCGCGAACGGAGACAUGAGCUGAACGUUAAUACAUACGGCAUGAUUGUUCUACUUCUAUUCAACGACCUUGCCCAAGGCGAAUAUCUCUCGUUUGAAGAGAUUCAAGAGCGGACAAACAUUCCGACACAGGACCUCAGUCGCAUGCUUUAUACUCUCUCUGUUCUUCCCAAGGCAAGAGUUCUACUCAAGCAACCUGCAAACAAGGAUCUUCCUAAACCGGGUGAUACAUUCACCUUUAAUGCUAGUUUUACGAGCAAGGCGGUCAAGAUAAAAGUGCCCGUGAUAUCUGGGGCUGUUAAUAAGGUGGAGGGCGAGGAAGAGCGGAAGGAUACCGAGGAUAGAAAUGACGAACAUCGUGGAAAUCUCAUUGACACUGUGAUCGUCCGAAUCAUGAAGGCACGCAAAAAACUCACCCACCAAAUGCUCUUCACCGAGGUCAUCACUCAGUUAUCCCAGCGUUUCAAGCCUGACCUAGGGAUGAUGAAGCGCCGUGUCGAAAGUCUGAUUGAGCGGGAAUACCUGGAACGUGUGGAGGACGCCGCUAUUCCUACAUACCGGUAUUUGGCAUAG